AUGUGUGUUUGGCGGUUAAGGUUAGAAUUCAUUGCAAUAACAGAAGAAAAAUUGUAAUCAGUUAUAAAAAGUUUUGAAGAAUAAAUUUACAAGUAAAAAAUGUGUUUCAAUGGGUUUAAGCUUCAAGUAAUUUGUUAAUUUAAAAUAAUAUUAGAUAUUAACUUUCUUGAAAACAGCUAUAUUUUAUUUUUACAUUUUCAAAAAAAGUUUAUUGUUAACUGGUUAUAAUAAUACAAAAAGUUGA